GCAUCCCGGGAAACAGGAGAGGAAAUAGUUCCCUGGAGAAGGAUAGUUUGCGUUGGAAGAGUUCAGAAACUCUGUCCAUCCAGACCCAUGGGCUUUUUCCAGUCUGUAAAAAUCCGGGCUAGACCGUCCCUGCCAUCAUCAUCGAAAGGAAUCUGCAGCAAUAUGCUUCAAUCGUCCGUUCUAGUGGCAGUGCUACAGUACAGGAAACCAUCUGAUCCAUGUUGUCAUUUGAAACGAUUUAGUAAACGAUCAAGUGGGCAUUACUGGGGACAGAUACAGAUGGGCGAGCCUCCGCAAAACUUUUCCGUUAUUUUCGAUACCGGUGGUUCUAUCAAUUGGCUUCCAUCAAGUGCAGCAAAGAGUAAAAAGUUAAGCUUCGGAAGGGUUUACGACCGAAUUUUAUCGUCUCAAAGUCACACCCAGGGCAUUGCUCACACUGCCCGCUACGUUUCGAUCACCUUACAAGGAAUUUUGGUUACCGAUAUAUUGAAACUUGGCUCGUCAAUCCUCGAAAAUUUCACCUUUAUGGAGACACUGGAUUACAACGGACCAAGGAACCUUAUGUCUAAGGCUGACGGCGUUUUUGGGCUACGUUGUUGGGCCAGAAAGCCAGUUGUUAUGUCAAAUAUUUUGAACGUGUUGACAAAGCGUGGAAAAAUUGACCAGCAGCUGUUUACAUUUCGCUUUUGCGGCAACCCUGAAAACCCCAAAAGCGACCAUGUGGGCGAUUUGGUGUUUGGAGUGAUUCGGACUGAUUUUCAGAACAGCGAACCGACCUAUGUCAAAAUCAAGAAGCCGUGGAGAUUUUACGUCAAAAUUAUUUCAGUCGGUGAAGUUGAAAUCUGCAGUUCCUGUCAGGCGCUUGCAGACACUGGUGCGGUUAAAACAGUUGGUCCAAGACUACAAGUAGAGCAGGUGUUUUCUCAGUUCAAAAACGCCCAGAUAAAGAAAGGAGCACUCUAUGUGGACUGCAGGACGAUUAAUGACUAUCCACCUAUUCGAAUUGGCAUACAGGAGAAAUCAUUUAAUUUACGUGCGAGAGACCUUAUUUAUCAGGAUGUGCGUAAAGGCAGAGCAACCUGCAUUUUGGGCAUCCGUUUUAUUCCAGAGGAGAAGCGAACUCACUGGACCUUUGGAACUUCGAUUCUGCGUUUUUUUCACACAAUAUUUGACCACGGGAAAAAGAAAAUGGGUUUCGCAGAGGUGAAGUGUCCCAGUUGAAGAAGGGGACCGAGUUUAUGUACGACCAGUUUACCCGUCUGUGUCAGAUUAAAUAGCUUUGAGUUUUAUUUCAUGCAUAAUGUUAGAAGUUUUUUUUGUUUUUGGAUAAAUGACUUGACUUGGG